UGCCGAGGUACUGGAAUGCAAAUAAGAAUUCAUCAGAUAGGACCUGGAAUGGUUCAGCAAAUUCAGUCUGUGUGCAUGGAGUGCCAGGGCCAUGGGGAACGGAUCAGUCCUAAAGAUAGUUGUAAAAGCUGCAACGGAAGGAAGAUAGUUCGAGAGAAGAAGAUUCUAGAAGUGCAUAUUGACAAAGGCAUGAAAGAUGGCCAGAAGAUAACAUUCCAUGGUGAGGGAGACCAAGAACCAGGACUGGAACCAGGAGAUAUUAUCAUUGUUUUAGAUCAGAAGGACCAUGCUGUUUUUACUCGACGAGGAGAAGAUCUUUUCAUGUGUAUGGAUAUACAGCUGGUUGAAGCCCUGUGUGGCUUUCAAAAGCCAAUAUCUACUCUUGACAACCGAACCAUCGUCAUCACCUCUCAUCCAGGUCAGAUUGUCAAGCAUGGGGAUAUCAAGUGUGUGCUAAAUGAAGGCAUGCCAAUUUAUCGUAGACCAUAUGAGAAGGGUCGCCUAAUCAUCGAAUUUAAGGUAAACUUCCCCGAGAACGGCUUUCUCUCUCCUGAUAAACUUUCUUUGCUGGAAAAACUCCUACCUGAGAGGAAGGAAGUAGAAGAGACUGAUGAAAUGGACCAGGUAGAACUUGUGGACUUUGAUCCCAAUCAGGAGAGACGGCGCCAUUACAAUGGGGAAGCAUAUGAGGAUGAUGAACAUCAUCCUAGGGGUGGUGUUCAGUGUCAGACUUCUUAAUGGGGCCGGUGAAUAACACUGCUGCUGGCAUUUUAUAUGCAGUAGUGGAUGAGUGAAGGACUAUAAUCAUAGCUCACGACUUGCUAUUGUUUUUGUUUUAA